GAAAUAAACAAAAAAAUGUACUUUAAAGUAAAAUUGUACAUUUCACUUUUCCUAAUCUCACUCUGUUCGGAAUAUGCUGAAGCACAAGCCAUUCCAGAAUUUGUACUGAAAAAGCUGUGUAACGAAAAAGACGUUGGAGCUGUGGCUUAUCCUGGAUCUCAAUCUAAAUUCAUUGUUUGCCUCAACGACAAAGUUCACGUUGAUGAAUGUUCAGUUCCAGGAACAUGCUUUGACGAAAGGAAACAAAUAUGUUCUCUGUGUGGUCAAAGCAGCGAGAACAUCCAUUUGACUAAUUAUGUUAAAGCUAAGUGUGAACAACAUGAGCUAUGGUUUACUGCUGUUGCAGCACCAACUGACUGUACUCAUUAUUACUUCUGCAUGGAUAUAAAUACUAUACCGGUAUAUACAGCAUGUCCGGAAAAUACGCAUUUCUCAGAUAAGCAAAAGAAGUGCGUAUCUCCAGCUAUUGCUGGUUGUGUGUCAACGGAAAAGAUUUGUUUGAAUGUAGCUGAUGACAUACAAUUUGCUACAACCAAUUGCUUUGACUACUAUGAAUGCUCUAACCAAAAGGCUGUGCUUAAGUCUUGUGCAUACAAUGAGCAUUUUGAUGAAACUGCUGGAAGAUGUAUUCCUAUAAAAAAAUCGAAAUGUGUAGAAAAAGGUGUUCGCAAGCCGACCUGUAAUGAAACUAACGAGGGAAUGUACUUUGCUCAUCCAAAAUGCAAUCAAUAUUAUAUGUGCUUUGCUAACAAUGUCUAUGAGGUCACCUGUGAAACUAAUUCUUACUUUAACAAGGAGGAAAAUAAAUGUACUAACACCCCUCAAUCCGGUUGUUCGAUGUAAAUUAUUUUGUACUUUAAUUUGAAAAAUAGAUCAAAAUAAAGAAUAAAAUAUGUG